CCUCUAGUCAAGAGUGUUGCUCUUCUAAAUGGUAAAUAAUAGCAAAGCUUUUCUUCAUCUAGAUUCAAAAUAAUUGAAUCAGACAUGUAGGGUUAUGAAUAAUCCCUUGCAGUCAUGUGAUGCAAAAUCGUCCCUGUGCUGAUUCCCGAGCCAUUCGAGCAUCCGCAUUGAAAGGAUAUGUUGAAAACUUCAGUCAUUAUAAAAUCCAACUGAAACUUGUUACUUUUGUUAUUUUAAAGGGGAUGCACAUGUACCCCUAAAGUAGACAUUGAUAGUCUUUUAUUAUUAGUUUGAGAUUAAAGGUGUAAGUCCCAGAGAAAUGAGGCUGCCGGAUGCGAACAUGAAAAUUUUUGGUUAAGUGGCAGAGCUUUUGUUUAUCGUCCUAUUUAGUGAUGGGUCAGCGGCUCAGUGAGGAGUCCGAUGAUAAAGAAAUCGAUGUUGCUGAACUGCAGGAAUGGUAUAAAAAGUUUGUGGUUGAAUGUCCGAGUGGAACUCUCUUCAUGCACGAGUUUAAGAGCUUCUUUGGUGUAAGCGGCAACCAAGAAGCAGCAGAUUACAUAGAAAACAUGUUUCGUGCUUUUGACAAAAAUGGGGACAACACUAUUGAUUUUCUAGAAUACGUCGCAGCUUUGAAUCUGGUGCUGCGAGGGAAACUGGAGCACAAAUUAAAAUGGACCUUUAAAAUGUAUGACAAGGAUGGGAGUGGCUGCAUUGACAAAACAGAACUGAAGGAGAUUGUGGAGUCAAUCUACCGACUAAAGAAAGCCUGUCAUGGUGAACUUGAUGCAGAGUGUAACCUGCUGACCCCAGAUCAGGUGGUGGACCGAAUAUUUGAACUAGUGGAUGAGAACGGAGAUGGGGAGUUGUCUCUGGAUGAGUUCAUCGACGGGGCACGUCGUGACAAAUGGGUGAUGAAGAUGCUGCAGAUGGACGUUAACCCCGGAGAGUGGAUCAAUGAACAGCGACGUCGAAGCGCCAACUUCUGAACAAACUCUUACACUUUCAACACAAUCCCUUAACCUAAACAUUACACAAAUUAUACAUAGUUUCUCAAUUACAAAUGUUAGUAAGAAUGUUACUUUUCAGAUUGUCUUUUUUAUAAAGCAGGGUGUAGAGAGGAUUUCUGCAGAAAACGACCUUAUGCCUCUCCUCUUAACUUUACUUAUAUUACUAAUUAUAUCUUUCAUCUCUUAUUUUCAUUUGUUUUGAAAGCUACAUUAUAUUUAAAUGUAUAUAUAUAUUUAUGUUUUCAUUAUUUAUACUGUUAUACUUCUUGUUAGAAGCAGCUAUAGUUACUUUACUUUGGUUACUGUUACUUUGGUGGUAAUAUCUGACAGUGGCGGCCGGUGACUUCUUUU